UGGGUGCCAGGCUCGGUAUGGGGACCUCUACCAACUGCAACGCCGGGCUCUGCCCAGCAGCCUCCAGCAGACGAUACCAGCUCGUUGGCCGAGCAGCUAACUGCGUUGUCACUGAGACGACCACCCAGACCACCCCCUCCGGCUUACAUGUGUCAUUUAUGCUUCAAAAAAGGCCAUUACAUUGGAGAUUGCCCCCAGGCUCGACCUAAAGGCGAAGGGUUAACCCCAUACCAGGGUAAGAAGCGAUGCUUCGGUGAAUACAAGUGCCCUAAAUGCAAGCGCAAGUGGAUGAGUGGUAACUCCUGGGCCAACAAUGGACAGGAGUGUAUCAAGUGCCGCAUCAAUGUGUUCCCGCAUAAACAGAGACCACUGGAGAAACCUGACGGGUUGGACGUGAGUGACCAGUCCAAGAUUCACCCUCAGCAUCUAUGUCAGAAGUGCCGUUCCCUCGGGUAUUAUUGCCGGCGCGAGUACUAAAAACUAGUAUUAUCUUAGUUACUAGGAUACGAGUAUAUACUGACAUAAAUAGACUCAAGAUACUGUAUCUUAGAUUAACUUAUCUUCAAUUCAAAUA